UGUUGCGCAGAAGUCAUGUGCAUCCUCAGAGCCGCUGCUUUCACUUCCAUCCACUUCACGAGUGAACGCUUCUGAGCGCAAGAUCUCUGUGACAAGAUCUCUAAACUUCAGCUGCUCGUCACGUGUGUGCAAGAUGAGAAGAUACUUACUUGGAAUACUUUUACUUUUGAAAUAUUGCAUUUGCGUCGAUGUGGUGAACUUUGAUGGAGACAUUAAUGACUUUGUCGUUGGUAACAGUAAGUUAUUUGUUCUUACUGAUCAUCGACUACAUCAGAUGAGACACGAUCUAUAUGAGGAGAAGAGGAAAGACAUCACUAGAGUUAACAUUCUGGUGCCUUUUGAAGCGAACGGCACCCUGAUAACUUGCGGGACUUUUGAAGAUGGAUAUUGUGAAGUUCUUGAUAUAAAUGACAUUACAAACAGUAUUUACUAUGAAAGUAAUAUAUUGGUAGGACCGAAACAGGAUGAGAAAUCUUACUCCUUAAAAACCAUUACGAACCUAAAAAUCUCAAAAAAACAGAUAACCACGCAAAAGCAAGAUACACGGUAUUCUGUUGUUAGCUUGUGGAACACUUUACAGUCUCAACCAGGAGGGAUUUUCUCAAUACUAGCAAAAGGAUCAUAUGCCAUCAUUCAGAGCACAGUGAGAGAUGUGGAGUUUGUUGAUGGAUUCCAGAGAGUUUCGCCCUCAGAAUCCUACAUAUUUCUCAACACAGAGACUGACAAUGAGAGGAAAGUGCUCGUCCUGAGGAUGAACAGCACUAAAGAAAAAAAGAUAGACAUCAUCAAAUCCCUACAGAGUGCGACGAUACGAUGCUGCAGUGAUAAAGUUCGUCCAGUGCUCGUCGCCUGCACCGUUAUUCCCUCAGUGAACGGUGUUAUUUGGGCAGGUGUGUUCAGUGCACAGAAUCAGCAGGAUCCGGAGAACAGCGCGCUUGCUCUGUACGACAUCAGUAACGUUCAAGACAGAGUGAAGGGCUUCUGCGCUUAUGAUGAAAAGCCAUGUGGUUAUAAGAAUGGUAGUGAACUUCAGCCGCUCUCUGUGGUGUUCAAGUACAGCUCAAUGUCAGCAGUGGCAGCAGUUAGACAUGGAUCCUGGAUUGUACUCUUCAUAGGAACCAGUGAUGGACAACUCAUAAAGCUUAUAUUGGAUGAGAAAUUCACACCAGGCUGUCCAACAGUGCUGUAUAAAUCUGAUGAUGAACGAGCAGUUCUUCCCAGAAUGCACUUUGAUCCAGUAGAUUACAAACAUAUCUACAUCGCUCUGAAGAAACAGUUAAGAAGAGAAUCUAUGGUUUCAUGUGCUAAAUACAGUACUCUGAAAAACUGCAGAGCUGCUCAGGAUCCUCUUUGCGGCUGGUGUGUGAACACUCACAGGUCCAACACACAUGUCUGUUACCUGAAUUCAUGGGUGUCCAUCCCAAAAAACUCUCUUGAGACACAGCUGUUUUCAUUUCAGAUGACAGAGAACUCUUCUACACUGAUUACUCUACAUCUUGCCUUUAGCCUAGAGAGCACAGGAAAUCAUGCCUUCUCAUGUGCCUUCACCAGAGGAAACAUGAAGCUGUGUGACGGGUCUGAUCUGUCUGCAGCUUUCCCAAACUGCUCCUGUAGUUUUUCUGACCAGAUGCUCUAUACUGGAGUCUCUGCUACUGUUACUAUUGAGGAUCAGAAGAUCACAGAGAUGCUGACACUGAGGAACUGCUCCAGUAUCACAGAAAAUACACCAAAUGCUUCUUAUACACAGUGUGUUCAGUGUAUCUCAUCUGGGUGUCACUGGUCCUCUUCUUCGCAGCGUUGUGAAUGGACACAUGGACCCGGAUCACAGUUAAACAUACAGGAUGCAUGUAAAGAUCUAUUUCCUGAGAUGAAGCCGGAGAUUCUCUCUCUGGAGCCGAACAAGGUUUCUUUCCAUGGCAGAAACAAAGUUUUACUAAGAGGAAGGAACCUGGAAUCUGUUACUAAAAUCCGUGUUCGAUGGAAUCUGGACUGCAUUUCUAAAGAAUCUCCAGUGUUUGAUCGCUCCAGUGACACUUUAAGGUUCCACAUUCCUCCCAGUGGAACUAAAGGAACAGUGAAAGUGUGUGUUGUUACUCCUGACGACCGUUGUCAUGGUAACAUUACCAUCACAUACGUUUCCCAUCCCAGCUGCACUGGAAUACAGCCCACAGUCAGCUGGAGCAGUGGUGGAAGGAAGAUUCAUGUUCAGGGCAGCAAUCUGGAAUUAGUGGAGUCAGUUACUGUCCUUCCCUCUAAUAAAGUGCUGAAAACACAAUACAACACAAGCUCAGGGGAUGUGUGGUUUCACUCCCACCCUUAUGAUGGCGGUGGUCAGUUUAGCGUCUUGUUAAAUGUUGGGAACUCCACUGUGCACUGUGCAGGUUAUGGUUAUUUCUCCUACAAGCCUGAUCCAGAGUUCACUGGAUUCACCAGCUUACAGGUGGCCAACAAUCUACAGGUGAACAUUCAGAAAAGAGCCGAUAUGCUGAAUUUGGGCAUGAAUGAGGUGACUGUGAUGGGUUUACAGGGAGAUCAGGAGUAUCAGUGUGUUUUGGAGAAGAUCGAGUCCAAUGCUGUCAUCUGUAAGAUUAAAGUAGAAUCAGGAGCCGUCCCAGUAGUGGACUCACUCAUUAUCACGGUUGGGAAUUAUGUUCUUGGGAUGAGUGACACAAAGUAUCUGUUCUGCCUCAGUCCACAGAAUAUAACUGGCCAUGUAUGGAAAAGCAAUGGAAACAAAUAAUUCUCAGCAUCUUCCAGGAAAAAUCUAAAUAUACAUUUGGGCAGAUGUUUUUUUUUUCUGUUGCAUUUUCUUUAUACUAUUUCUAUAUUAUUUUUAAUUAACAGUUCAGCUUUAAUUAACACAAUAUGUAUUAUGUUAUGUUCUGUAACUAUUUACCAUUCACUGUUUCAGACACAUUCAAACAUACAAAGUUUCUAAGAAAAAAUAUGAUAUAAUGUUUACAUCUACUACAUUAUAAACAGUCAAUUCAAGGGUCCUACAGAGGACAGGUCUGUUAUUAGUACUGUGGUACAAUUAUUUUGUUGUCAAUGACUUUGGUUAUAAUUUUUUCAUUGUACAGCUAUGUAAUUAUAUUUUGCUGUUAUUAAUCUGAUAACUGUUAUCCAUAUACUGCAUUAAAGAGCAUAUUUAUUCAUAAAAAUGGCUAAUAUACAGUAUAUAAUCUAUAUAAUCUAUAGUCUGGUCUGUAUUUAAAUGGACAAACACAUAAACACUUAACAUUCUCUCACACAAACAUGCUUCUUAGUUCUGCAAGUCAUCAGAGCACAUCACAAUGUAUGCUGCAUUAUUAAUCAGCAGGUCUAAAUUUUAAUAUGGCUAAAGUCCUGUUCAGAUUAUUCCUGUAGUUACAUGACUAUUAGCCCGUUCAAGCACAGAAUUACACGUGAAGGCAUAAAUAAUGAAAAAUAAAAAAUUGGCUCUUUGGUCAAAAAAGGUUCCCGAACCCUCGUCUAUACUGUCUUACUGCAAAAAGACCAAAAAUAAAGGUUUUAGGUUUAUUAAAGUGUAUUUGGGUAAAGACAUAGUUUGGAAUAUGGAUUCACUCAUCUUCUUCUCUAGUUUUUUGCAUAUAAUACUGUAAUUUUCAGACUUCAAAAAGUCCUCUUCACUGCAAAACUAUCUUUUAUUGAAACCAAGCUUCCAACAAAACUCAUUUUAACUUUCCUCUGAUUGUGACAUCACACUGUGGUUGAUAUUUGCAUUGCAUCAUCUAACAUUAUAGGUGAACCUCAAGGGACAUAUUAAAAAAACCUCAUGCACCUCAUGCACUAAGUGUGAAUAUUACCUUUUUGAAGACUCACUUAAGUUAUAAAUAGCUGACAUCUGUGUCAGAUACAGCU